CUCACCAGCAUUUCCGUCUUCAUCAACGGAAUUUAUCUUCCGUUUUACUUGAACUCCUAUUUCAACCUGUCCUCGUACGCAUUAACAAUCACCCACUUAACAAUACCACCUUCCUACAGCCCAUCAUGCUCCCCAACAAACUAGCAAUAAGCAGCAUCUCCCUCUCCCAACAUCCCUCCCACAAACUCGACACGAAAAUCCGCACCGCAGCACAAAAUGGAUACUCGGGAAUGGAAAUCGUCUAUUCAGAGUUGAAGCUCUAUGCUGAUUCCCAAAACAUCGCCAUGCUCGACGCCGCGGAUAAAAUCAAAACCCUCUGCGCACAGGUUAAUCUAGAUAUCCUCUCUCUCGCCCCGUUCGAGAACUUCGAGGGACACAACUCUCCCAUCGAAGAGAGGUUGGCGGUUGCGAAGGAAUGGAUCGACAUCGCCCGUCGACUGGGAACGCCCUACCUCCAGGUCCCGUCGCAGUAUAGCCAUCCCAAAGACUGUACGGGCGAUGAAGGGGUUAUCGUCUCUGAGCUCCGCCAGUUGGCGGAUCUGUGCAGCGCCCAGGCACCGAUCGUAUCGGUUGCCUAUGAAGCUCUAUCCUGGGGCACGUACUGUUCGACAUGGGAGUCUUCGCUAGAGAUAGUCCAGAAAGUGGAUAGGCCGAAUUUCGGGCUGUGUCUGGAUACAUUCCACGUUGUGACGAAACUCUGGGCAGAUCCGUUUUCUGUCUCUGGGAAGUUUCCCAACGCUGAUGCCGAUUUGGCUGCUACGCUAAGGUAUUUCGUGGAUACUUGUCCCCUGGAGAAGAUAUUCUACGUGCAGCUGUCUGAUGGCGAAUGGUUCGAUCCGCCGUUCAGCGCCGCGCAUCCGUGGUUUGUGGACGGGGAGGCAGCGCAGUUUACGUGGAGUAAGCAUGCGAGGCCGUUUCCUGGGGAGACGCAGUUGGGUGGCUAUAUGCCUGUUUCGGAGAUUGCGAGGACGUGGUUGGUGGAGAAGGGGUUUACGGGGUAUGUGUCGAUGGAGAUUUUUGAUCGGAGGAUGCGGGAGAGGGAGAGCAGGCCAGAUGAUGCUGCGAAGAGGGGGGUUGAGUCGUGGAAGAGGGUGCAGAGGGAGAUUGAGGCGUUGGCGAAGCUUUGA